CGGCUGGCUAACCCGACUAUUUGAAAUACGAAUUGCAAUCUUAUAGUACAUCGCUGGAAAAGUACUAGACUCCGCCGCGGUCGUUUCUGCAAAUUUCGGGUAAUACUUGUUAACCUAGGGUUAGUGCGAUGAUAAUGAUAAGGCGCCCAAUAGACACUCUUCAGGUGCCCCAACGGAAUCCUUCAAAGGCUCUAGCCCAAGAUUAGCGCUGUGUCAGCUUCUGCCUUACUCCGUACAAGGUCCUAUCAACGCCGUCCGCUUAAUUUUCAGCGACAUACUCCAGACUGGUGUCAAUGUUCCUUAAAAGCUUCGUGCCUCCCUUGUAAAAGACCUUUUGGUUCCUACACUCUACAUAUGCCGUGAGAGCUAUGGAUUCUACCAACACCUCGAGCUUAUGGCUCUUCGCGCGGGCUGCGCUCGGGCUCGCCACUUUCUACCUCACUCAGCGAGUGGCACAAUGGCUCUUUCACGGGUAUACAAUUCGAAAGACGAUCAAGGACAUGCAAGCGCUGGGCGUUCCCACGCUGCCGCACUCAUGGCUCUUCGGCCAUCUUAUCUUCAUGGGUGACUUCCGUAAGGAGCACCCCAAUGACAGCAAUAUAUACAACAUCCAUUAUUGGUUUCUGAACAAUAUCGAACGUUUCUUUCCUGGCCAAGAAACCCUUCCGCCAGUCAUUUACCUGGACUUGUGGCCGGUCACCAGUGAUGCGUUUUUGCUAUCAACACAUCCUGCAGUAUCCGCCCAAUUCACACAGUCUCAAAGCCAACCGAAAGCCAAGAUGGGUACCGAUUUCUUGGCCCCGCUCACUCAGAAGAAGGAUAUCGUUUCCGUAGAAGGAGAGGAGUGGAAGUCGUGGCGCUCAAGGCUGAACCCGGGUUUCAGCCCACGUAAUGUGACGGCUCUGCUACCGGAGUUGGUGGAGGAGGCGCUGGUAUUCAUUGAUGGCUUAAAAAAACUGACCGGGAAGGAUGGAUCCUGGGGGCCCGUCUUUCAGCUUGAAGAGAAAACCAUGAACUUGACUUUCGACAUAAUCAUUCGAGCCACUACUAAUCUACGGUUACACCAGCAGACACGAGGGUUCGAUACUCCUCUCAAAGCUGCGCUGUUGGACCAGUUGGAACAAAUGGGUCGAGUAGCCAACCCUGCCCGAGGGUUGAUCCAUUCUCUCACGCCUCAUGCGUCAUCUGCUGUCCACAAAAACAACAAAGUGAUGCAUGAUUUCUUCAUGCCGAAAGUUCAAGAUCGGAUUCAGUCAGGCUUGAAAGCAGGAGGUAAACGUACGAUUGUCGAUCUGGCUCUGAAACAAUUUGACGACGAGGCUGGCACACAGGACGCAGCAAAGCCAGACGCAGAGUUUCUCGACAGCCUUCUGAGCAAUCUCAAGGCGUUUCUGUUUGCAGGCCACGACACAACGGCCACGACUCUCUGCUGGAUGUUCAAGGAACUUCAAGAUAACCCUGACUGCCUGGCGAAGCUGCGAGAGGAGCACACGAAUGUUCUUGGCCCGGAUGUCGAGAGAGCUCAUGAAGUGAUUCUAGCAUCGCCUCAUCUGCUUUAUGCCCUACCUUAUACGCUAGCCGUGAUCAAAGAGACACUGCGACUGUACCCUUUGGCUGCUGCUCUCCGCCAAGGCAGCGCCCAUUAUUUCCUGACUGUACCAGGUUCACCAAUCAGAUACCCCACCCAAGGCUUUGCGAUGUGGGAUGGUGCGCCCAUCAUACAGUCGAGAACAGAUCUUUGGCCGCGUGGAGAUGAAUUUUUCCCAGACAGAUGGCUCACAGCUGAAGGUGAUUCCAUGUAUCCCCCAAGGAUUCUUGGAGACCAUUCGCGAUGGGUCCGAGAAACUGCAUCGGUAUGGAACUUGCGCUUGUCGAACUACGUUUGGUUUCGGUUUUGGUAGCGAGGACAUUUGACAUCGAAGAGGCCUGGGCUGAUUGGGACACUCAUAAAGGAAACAAAGGUCCACAACCAAAGAUCAAGGGUGAGCGCUUGUAUCGAGUUGGCACUGGCACAGUCCAUCCUAAGGAUGCCAUGCCCGUGCAUGUUAGAUACCGUCAACGUCAAUAGAUACCAUGAUAUGGUAGAUGACUGGGUGUCUGGUUCUAGGAUAAACUCAAAUAUUAAGCGGAUAUCACUC